UGCCUGUGUUCACCUCUUGUGAAGACUUAGAAACACACAACUACAGUUUUGAAUCUCUAAAGUGUUUCAGGAUGUAAAUGCAGUCUGACCUUUCCCUGAUGGACAGUUAAAUCAUGGACAUGCUAAACAAUUUACUUUGGACUGCCCUUCCAAACCAUGCUUUGGAUUCUGUCUUGAAUGCUCACUAAGCAUUUGGAGCUGACAAGGAAAAGAAAGAACUGUGAACUGGCAAGUUAUCUUACAAUGAAAAUUACGAGCACAUCUUGCAUCUGUCCAGUCCUCGUGUGUCUCUGUUUUGUGCAGAGGUGUUAUGGAACUGCUCACCACAGCUCCGUCAAGGUGACCAGGAACCAAACCAAACACAUUGAAGGAGAAACCGAAGUCCACCAUCGUCCCAAAAGGGGAUGGGUUUGGAAUCAGUUCUUUGUUUUAGAAGAACAUAUGGGACCAGAUCCACAAUACGUUGGAAAGCUGCACUCCAAUUCUGACAAAGGUGAUGGGUCUGUCAAGUACAUCCUCACUGGAGAAGGUGCUGGGACCAUAUUUAUCAUUGAUGAUACCACAGGUGACAUCCACUCAACAAAAAGCCUAGAUAGAGAGCAGAAGACCCACUAUGUGCUUCAUGCCCAGGCUAUUGACAGACGGACAAACAAGCCUCUUGAACCGGAGUCCGAGUUCAUCAUCAAAGUGCAAGAUAUCAAUGACAAUGCCCCAAAGUUUACAGACGGACCGUAUAUUGUGACUGUGCCUGAGAUGUCCGAUAUGGGUACCUCUGUUCUACAGGUGACAGCUACUGAUGCGGAUGACCCCACCUACGGGAACAGCGCACGGGUGGUCUACAGCAUUCUCCAAGGACAGCCCUACUUCUCCGUAGAUCCUAAAACAGGAGUUAUUAGAACUGCCUUACAUAACAUGGACAGAGAAGCCAGAGAACACUACUCAGUGGUCAUUCAAGCCAAAGACAUGGCUGGGCAAGUUGGAGGGCUUUCGGGGUCGACAACAGUGAACAUCACCCUGACAGACGUCAACGACAAUCCCCCACGGUUUCCUCAGAAGCACUAUCAGCUGUAUGUUCCUGAGUCAGCUCAAGUUGGUUCUGCUGUUGGGAAAAUCAAGGCAAAUGAUGCAGAUACUGGUUCAAAUGCUGACAUGACAUACUCCAUCAUUAAUGGUGAUGGUAUUGGGAUAUUCACCAUCUCUACUGACAAAGAGACCAGAGAAGGGAUCCUGUUCUUAAAGAAGCCACUGAACUAUGAGAAAAAGAAGUCCUACACCCUCAACAUAGAAGGAGCAAAUACACAUCUCGAUUUCCGCUUCUCUCACCUGGGCCCUUUUAAAGACGCUACCAUGCUAAAGAUCAUUGUUGGUGACGUGAAUGAACCACCACUCUUCUCCAUGCCUUCCUACAUCAUGGAAGUCUACGAGAAUGCCAAGGUUGGAACUGUGGUUGGCGCAGUUUUGGCACAAGAUCCCGACAGUGCUAACAGUUUAGUGAGAUAUUUCAUUGACUACAAUGAUGAAGAUGACAGAUUUUUCAAUAUCGAUGCCAACACUGGGUCUAUUAAGACUACGAAGGUUCUUGAUAGAGAAGAAACUCCCUGGUACAACAUCACAGUGGCUGCUUCAGAAAAUGACAAUCCUGGUUUGCUGAGCCAUGUCACAGUGGGUAUUAAAAUUCUGGAUGUCAAUGACAAUCCACCUGAACUUGCCAGGGAAUAUGAUAUCGUUGUCUGUGAAAAUUCUAAGCCUGGCCAGGUUAUUCAUACCAUCAGUGCCACUGAUAAAGAUGAUUUUGCCAAUGGACCAAGGUUUAACUUCUUUCUUGAUGAACACCUGUCUCUAAACCCAAACUUCACCCUAAGGGACAAUGAAGAUAACACAGCCAGCAUUCUGACCAGGCGGAGGAGAUUUAGUCGCACUAUGCAGGAUGUGUAUUAUCUCCCCAUUAUGGUCUCUGAUGGUGGAAUCCCCUCUCUCAGCAGCAGCAGCACCCUCACCAUCAGGGUUUGUGCGUGCGAGAGAGACGGGCGCGUGCGGACCUGCCAUGCUGAAGCCUUCCUGUCCUCGGCUGGUUUGAGCACAGGAGCCUUAAUCGCUAUUCUUCUGUGUGUUCUCAUUCUCCUAGCAAUUGUAGUACUUUUUAUCACCCUGAGACGUAGCAAGAAAGAGCCCCUGAUCAUCUCAGAGGAGGAUGUGCGCGAGAACGUGGUCACCUAUGAUGAUGAAGGUGGCGGGGAAGAAGACACGGAGGCCUUUGACAUCACAGCCUUGAGGAAUCCGUCUGCAGCUGAGGAGCUCAAAUACCGGAGAGAUAUCAGACCUGAAGUGAAACUCACCCCCAGACACCAGACACUGUCCACCCUGGAGAGUAUAGAUGUUCAGGAAUUUAUUAAGCAAAGACUGGCAGAAGCUGACCUGGACCCCAGUGUCCCCCCUUAUGACUCGCUUCAGACUUACGCCUAUGAGGGUCAGCGAUCGGAAGCUGGGUCCAUCAGCUCUCUGGAUUCAGCCACAACACAAUCAGACCAAGAUUAUCACUACCUUGGAGACUGGGGGCCGGAGUUUAAAAAGUUAGCUGAACUCUAUGGAGAAAUAGAAUCUGAAAGAACAACUUAGGGGGUCAAUUCUUGCGACAUUCUAGAAUUUCCUUCCUGAGCAAGUGAAGACGUAACCUCAGCCAUGACAAGGAAGAAGUGUGGCAACAGUAUGUGAAACUGAGCAAGCUGUAUGCAGCCACUGUAGAAACAAGUGCCCUUUUCAUGAUCGAAACUGGGUUAUUUCAUUGAAAGAAAGUUAAAAAAAAAAAAAGAAA